UCCUUCCGCGAAAUUUUCUCCGUCAGAUAAAAAUAAAUCGAUGGGAUAGAAAUUAAAGUAAACUUUAAACUACACUCUAAUAACAACUCUCAAAAUAACAAAAUGUUAAGUUGUUGUGCAAAAUUAAGCUGCUGCCAGGCGAUGAAGCCUCGGUAUAAGCGACUAGUAGAUAAUAUUUUUCCAGCUAAUCCAGAGGAUGGAUUAGUCAAAUCAAACAUGGAGAAAUUAACUUUUUACUCGCUUAGUUCCCCUGAAAAGCUUGAUCGUAUUGGAGAAUAUUUGUACCAGAAAGCAACAAACGACAUCAAUCGAAGGAGAUAUAAAUUGGUUGAAAUUGCUAUGGAAGCGAUGGAUUUAUUGUUGAUGGCAUGUCAUGCACAAACAUUGAAUCUCUUUGUUGAAUCAUUUCUCAAAAUGGUACAGAAAUUAUUAGAAGAUUCCAAUCCCAAUCUUCAGAUAAUGGCAACAAAUUCUUUUGUAAAAUUCGCAAACAUUGAAGAAGAUGCUCCAUCUUAUCAUCGUCGUUACGACUUCUUCAUCUCAAAAUUCUCAUCAAUGUGUCAUGCAAGUGUUGAUAACACGGAUCUUCGGAACAACAUUAGAAUGGCAGGGAUAAAAGGACUUCAAGGCGUAAUUCGUAAAACGGUCUCUGAUGAUCUUGUUGAGAAUAUUUGGGAACGUCAACAUAUGGAAAAAAUCGUUCCUUCACUUUUGUAUAAUAUGCAAUCGGGAAGCACGAGAGAUGAAGUCAAUGAAGAGCAUCCUUCAACACCACCACUUCUAGCUGAAUCCGUUCUUCGAGAAUUAGUCUCUCGAGCUUCUUUCGGUCAUAUAAAGGAUGUUUUAAAGCCAUUGCUAAUGCAUCUUGAUCAUCAUCAAUUAUGGAUUCCACAUGAGUUUGCUAUUCACACGUUCAAGAUUGUUAUGCUAUCUAUUCAGCCUCAGUAUUCUUACACAGUUGUAGAAACACUGAUGACUCACUUAGAUCAAACGACAUCAUCGAAAACUAAAACAUCUUUAGCUGUUGUAUUAACUAAAAUCAUCGCAAUUGCUGCUGGUGAGAGUGUCGGCCCAUCAGCACUUGACAUUAUCAAUAAUUUGUUGACAUUAUUACGAGAUUCUGUAAGCACAAAGAAUCCAACAAUUGGACAAUAUCAAGAGAAUCUCAUCAAUGCUCUUGGUCAAUUUGCAAAUCAUCAUCCUGACUACCAAAAGAUUGAAAUUAUGCUUUUCAUUAUGAACAAAGUUCCAAGUUUAUCAAAGAAAGACCAAGUCGAUCAAUUGUUGCAAAUUAUUCUUUUGAAAAGUUUACUUAAAGUAAGCGUUCAAUAUCGAACAGUUUCAUUUGAAAAAGCAUUUCCGGCUUCAUUCCUUCAGCCACUUUUGAAAAUGGCAAAAGUUCCACUCAUGGAGACGAGAAUCACUGUGAUGGAAAUCUUACAAGCUUUAUUGGAUCGUCAUAAGAAUCAACAGGUUCUUAAUGUAAUAACGGUUAAAAGUUAUCCGGGAAUAUCACUUGAACCACCGUCACGUUCUGAUAUAAUUUUUGCAAACAAACAAGUCGGAAAUUUAAUGUCAGCUUUGAUAAAAAGUAUGAUUCAGGAUGAUAACAUCAACGCACUUGAGUCUGCUUAUACAACAGCAGCUUUGAUGAUUUCCGAAAUGGGUUGUAUUGAAACACUUCAAGAGUUUCUCGUUUUUGUUUUUCAUCUUCAAGACACUGUCGUCAGAUCAGAAGAUUUAACGGUUCGACAUAAAUGUAACUUGCAUCGAAUUGUUGUUGCAUUAGUUGCUUUAUUAAGUCGUUGUGUAGGAGUUUAUAAUGAAUAUUGUGAGCAAUUAAUCGAUAGACGAAGAAAAGAUGCGCCUUAUCUUCUUCCUCCACUUACUGACGACUCUUCUCCAACAUUGCAUGCAAUGAUAUUGGAAAUUCCCGAUGAAUUAUUACUUGACCGUCAACUUGUUGUUGGUUGUUUACAGUCAGCUGGUAUUCGAAGUGAAAGAUUACAAAUGGAAACACUUUUCCCUAACGACAGAAGAGUUUCUUUAAUUGAUGGUGUAACAGCAAGAGAUGGAAAUUUGUCUGAUACUUAUCCAGAUGCAGACAGUAUUAAAAGUUCACCUGAUGUGGCGAGGAAAACACUUCUCAAUAUUCAGGAGUUGAAUUUACUUGAUCUAAACUUUGAAGGUAUGAAGAGAAUUUUAACUGCGCCAAAUGAUCAAACAAAAGAGGACGAAGCCAAUAAAGAGAAACAAGAAUUAAUGGUGAAAAAUCUAAAAGAACAAGAUUUUGAUGAACUUAUGAAACACACUGAACCAUCUCAUGAUCACAUUCAGAAUAAAUUAAAUGAACUUUUUAAUUCACUUACUUUGGAUCGACCAUUCACUGACACCACAGUAAGCAGCAAAAACCAAAAGCCGAUUUACGAGAAAAAUUUUCCAGAACUGUUUUUCUUUUAAAAUGUGAAAUUACUAGAAAAUUUUGUCUACGUUUCAUACGUAUUUACGUGAACAUGAUGAAGGAAUGACGUUUACUUACGUAAUGUUUCAUACGUCAACGUUUUAAGUCUAUGUAAUUUUCACGUUUUUUUUAUUUUCUAAAGCUCUAGAAGAAAAUUCCUUUUAAAAAUAUUUCAUUAAUUUACUUCUAAAUGGAUAGCUUUUUACUUGUUUUUAUGAUAGCUUGCUACACAUAUAAAAUGCAAGGUUGUCUAUAUUAUGUAUAUUAACUCCUCAAUUAUUUCACCAGUCGAGUCGAAGAAAAAGAUAUUUAACGUUCAUAUUAUAAUUAACUAUGAAUGCAGUAUCUUAAGUUGAUGUAUGAAACUUUAUGCUUUCACAUGAUUCCAAUCAUCAUUCUUUAAUUACAUACUUGUGAUUACUUCCAUGUUAUUUAUUAUCAUAUAUAAACAUAUUGAUCCAAAUUAAUCAAAGUGGUUUUGGCUUGUAGUAAAAUAAUUUUUAUCGCUACAAACAUUGAAGGAUGAAUAAAUUAAUAAAUGUUGAUACAAAUUUCAAACAUAAACAUGAGUUGACGUAUAGAAAAUUUGAU